AACAACUUCACAAAUUUAUCUUCAAUUUUGUUUUUCCUCGUGAGGUACGUCGAGGAAAUUUUACGUCUUCGUUGGGUUUGGUCUGCGUUAGAUCGACAGCGUUGGCGCCGCUUUUAGACGAGUCGGCGCUCGAAAACAUUCUCUACAAAGUUCAGGCUUAAGCCACACAACGGCAGUUUCGACGGUUAACCUAUCUACAUUGAAAAGUUCACAAUGCUUAGUAAGUUCGCUGUCGCAGAAAUCUUCGUCAUGGUACAUUCCGAAGGAUCCUUACCUCGAAAAAAUCGACCGCAUGGAAAGCGGCUCGAUCGAAGUAGAGGAAAAAAAUCGAUACAUCGGCGAGAAGGAAACGAAAAUGGAAACACACGAAAACAAUGGAAACAAACCCUGGACUCGGAAUUUAUGCGGCCUGUUUGAUGACCUACAAAAUGAUAAAUUGGAAACAUUGGAGGACACUGGAAGCUUACAUCAGGUUGAUGCUGAAGAUAACGAGUUCAUCGCCCUCGAGCUCCUUGAUGAGUUGAACGCCAAACCAUCAGAAACAGCAAAACAUCCAAUGGAAAGUUUAUUGGACUUUUGUGAGUCACCAGGCGGUAUGGGCAAUCCUUUCUUCGAGCAAUACCUUGAUAUCGACGACCUGUUUCCAGAUCUCCCACAUCUUGAUACAAUGGAUCUAGGGUUUGGAGUGGAGCAUACAUUGCCAGUCUCCACUUCAGACAUCUGCCAGUCAGAUGUAGUGAGGAUGGAGACUGCUGGAACUACUGAGUACUCAGAUGUGGCUUCCCCUGGUAGUGAUGCAAUUGAUGCUGUCUCACUAGGUAGUGAUUCUGAGGUCUUCUCAUCUGCUGGAGACUUGACUGACAUGGCACUCUCCCCUGAGAGUGUAGUAGAUGUUGUGUCUCUGGAAGAGGAUUGCAAAAGUCUUCUAUCAUGUACUCAUCAACUUACCUCUGAUUCUAAUGGAGAAAAAAUGGCUGAUACAGCCGCAGAAGAAAUCACAGUCAUCCAAACAUCAGAUGCACUGACUCUUCUCACUCAAGAGCUGUUACAGUCUUCUGUUAGCAUUGUGCCUGUAGCUUCUCCAAUGUCGGUUGAGAAUGUGGCCAGUAGCUCUGAAAAUAUUUCAACUGUGACUGUGGACAUUGCUGAAAUUGCUGACAUUUUUUCUCUUUCUGAUGAUCUUGGACAUGCACACAAUGUUAGUUUGCCAAGUGAAGGUGGUGUGUGUACAGUUAGUCAAGAAAGCAGUGCUCAUGUUCAAUCUAAUCAGAAAAGAAAGAGAGUUAAUUCUGCUGAUGUUUGUAAAUCACCAUCUAAGAAAGUAAAAUAUGAGAAUUUAGACAAGGAGAGUGAUUAUGAUGAAGUUAUGAGCAUUUCCAGUACUCUUGACAAACAAACAGUGAGAAGAUUAAAGAAUAACAUUGCUUCAAAACAUGCUCGUGCUGCUAGAAGGCAGAAAGAACAAGAUCUGUUCCAACAAGAGGAGGAACUUGAGAAAAGUAAUGCAGAACUGCGCAAGCAGGUGCAAGAACUAGAACAGCUUACAACUACAUUAAGGAAAGUUCUUGUUGCAAAAUUGAGUGGGGUUAAUUGUCCAGCAUAAAGAAAACGUACUAGUUCUUCAAGGUCCUACCAGUUAAAAA